AUGGGCUGCGGCAGCAACAACAGCAUGCAGGGCACGGCUUUCUUGGCGAAGGCAGUCAGUAGCGCGGCGCUAGUACGCAAUCUGAACCGAUCCCGCGGGGAACCAUCCUGACAAAACACAGCAGCAGCAGUAGUAUAGUAGAUCCUCAACCCCCCGACGGAUUCUCUUGAUGAUGAUAGGUGUUAUCUGGACUUGGGAAGGUGUGUUAUUUGUGUGAUC